AGUCAUAAUAGUUACUCUCACGAGUAAAGACCAUUAGGUUAUAAUCUACAUCGCUUAGACAUAAGCAAUGAUGUCGUUUCGUGAGAAGUUAAAAUUGGUUGGGUUUGCAGUUGGAAUUUUCGCUUGCUACACUACAUUCGGAGUCAUUACUGAGAAGAUAUUUCGUGGACGAUACGGCGAUGAAGUUAGCGAUGAUGGCAAAGUUGGCGAAACGUUUAAAUUUCCCAUCACAUUUGGUGGAAUGCAGUGCAUAUUUUACAUGUCAUUUGCCAAAGCACUUAUGUAUACACAUGACCAUCCAAAAAAUGAAACUCAUCAGGGAUUUUACGCACUCAUUGCAAUAUUCUAUGUUUUGGGGAAAGUGACAUCACAUUUAUCAUUGCAAUGGAUACCGUAUCCAACACAAAUAAUUGGAAAAGCAUCAAAACCGAUUCCAGUGAUGCUUUUUGGAGUGCUUAUUGGUGGUAAAAGAAUCAAAAUUCGAAAAGUGAUUUUCGUCUUGAUGAUUGUAUUUGGCGUUAUGUUGUUCGUGUUCAAAGACAAAUAUGAAAAGAGAGAUGGCGAAAAUCCGCGUUUAGGAAAUACAUUGAUUGGAAUUAGUCUUUUAAUGGAUGGACUAUGUGGAGCUUCAGAAGACCGAAUGAGAUCAAUAUCAAAACCUACGCCACUCAAUUUCAUGCACUUUGUUAAUGUUUGGAGUUCAAUUAUCCUUGUGAUUGGAACUUUUGUGUUUGGAGAAGCUCCAAAGUUUGUCAAUUUUAUUACAGCACAUCCCGAAAUAAUAAAAUAUUUAGCACUGGCUAUUAUGACUGGAGGUAUUGGACAAAUAUUCAUUUCGUCGAUGGUGUCACAUUUCGGGCCACUGCCCUUAUCAAUAGUAACAACAACAAGAAAGUUUUUUAGUGUUUUCUUAUCUGUAAUUAUUUUUGGAAACUCAUUAAGUGCUAGACAGUGGACAUCAGCUGGAAUAAUAUUUGGUGCACUCUUCUUGGACGCUGUCUUCAAUAAGAAGUCCAAAAUAAACACUGUUAGCGAUGAAAAAACUGACGAACAAAUGAACAAUAAUGAAGUAGGUAAUAGUGAAGCGAAUGGGGAUGAUGUUGUCAAGAAAGAAAUUAAAAUCUCUGUAAUAAAUCUUCCAAACGACAAAUAUUAGAUAUUCAAAGUAAAGAAAGGCUGAAAACAUACGGAAUUUAUACAGAUUUAUAUAUUUGUAAAUAAAUUAUGUUAUUGAUAUUCAUUCACCUA